AACAGGGCCGGCGUUUGAAAAUGAAUGAUAUUGCUGCUCAGGCUGGAGACACUGUGGUCGUGUGAGUACUUGUGCGGCAAAACAGGAAAAGAGGAUAAUUCAAGUUGAAAAACCACCGGAAAAUAACUGAAGAAGAAAGACUUGUUGUCAACAAUGAAAUUGACCGCCUUUGAGCCCACCGCCAUGUCUGACGCUGUGGUGAUGGAGCCUCCUCAAGCAGACGGGUUCCUGGAGUCGUCGUGCGGAGCGAGAAGCAGCGCGGCCUCUCUGGACGACGGCACCGCCGACACCGCAAAUGAGUCGUCGGAGGAGGAGUCCACGGGGGAGCGGGAGGAUGAUGCAUCCGCCAGCGGCACCAAGACGACAGAGGUCCCAGCUGAACCCAGCUCACACGUACAUCAGGCGGCCGCCCAGCGACCGGCCUCGCUGUCGGUGCCGGCGGCAGCAGAGUCCUGCCUGUGGACGUCACAGUGCGACGGGGAGGUGAAGCUCAGGAUGGGCGACUCCGGCGUGGCUGCUGAGCCCGCGUUGACUGUGAACCAGAUGUUCACGUCAGCCGUGGAGCGCUUCGGGAACCACACGGCCCUGAGCUGGAAGGAGGGCGAGCAGCAGAAGAGCCUCAACUACAAAGGUUACUACCAAGCCUGUCGCACGGCCGCCAAGAGCUUCCUCAAGCUCGGUUUGCAGCGCUACCACGGUGUCGCCAUCCUGGGCUUCAACUCCGCUGAGUGGUUCAUCGCUGACGUCGGAGCUAUUCUAGCAGGCGGGUUCGCCGUGGGCAUCUACACCACCAACUCUCCCGAAGCGUGCCAGUACAUCGCAGAAAGCUGCAGAGCCAACAUCAUCGUGGUGGAAAAUCAAAAACAGCUGCAGAAAAUCCUCCAGAUUAAAGACAACCUGCCUCACUUGAAAGCCAUUAUCCAAUAUAAAGAUGCACUAAAAGAGAAGCUGCCAAAUCUGUACACAUGGGCCGAGUUCAUGGAAUUUGGCCGCGAUGAACCCGACGCUCCUCUCGACGCCAUCAUCUCCAGCCAGAAGCCCAAUCAAUGCUGCACGCUCAUCUACACAUCAGGAACCACGGGCCAGCCCAAAGGAGUCAUGCUGAGCCAUGACAACAUAACUUGGACUGCGCUCUCCACCGGCAAACAUGUGCAUCUCACAGACGCCACCGAGGCCCAGGAGUCGGUGGUCAGCUACCUGCCGCUGAGCCACAUCGCGGCUCAGAUGGUCGACAUCUGGGUCACCAUGAGGGUCGGGGCAGCCACGUACUUCGCUCAGCCGGACGCCAUGAAGGGUUCACUUGUAAACACGUUGAGGGAAGUGCGACCGACAGCCUUCAUGGGCGUCCCGCGCGUCUGGGAGAAGAUGCAGGAAAAGAUGAAAUCCAUCGGAGCCAAGUCUUCAACCGUACGCAGGAAAGUCGCCGCCUGGGCCAAAGACGUGGGUCUGCAGACCAACAAGACCAGGAUGAACCAAAACACGGCAGCUGCUCGGACUCCGCUCAGCUAUCACAUAGCCAAAAAGCUCGUGUUCAAAAAGGUCCGCAAGGCCCUGGGCCUGGACCGCUGCAACAAGUGCUACACGGGGGCUGCACCCAUCACCAAAGACACCCUGGAGUUCUUCCUCAGCCUCGACAUCCCUCUGUACGAGCUGUACGGCAUGAGCGAGAGCACCGGACCUCACACCAUCUCCCGCCCCGAAGCCUUCAAACUCACCAGUUGUGGUAAAGAAAUCCCAGGAUGCAAAACAAAGCUGCACAAUCCAGACGAGGAGGGAAACGGUGAGAUCUGCUUCUGGGGCCGCCACGUGUUCAUGGGUUACCUGGACAUGCCCGACAAGACGGAGGAGGCUCUGGAUGGAGAGGGUUGGCUGCACUCAGGCGACCUGGGAAAGCACGACAACAACAAGUUCCUCUUCAUCACCGGACGAAUUAAAGAGCUGAUCAUCACAGCCGGAGGCGAGAACAUCCCCCCAGUCCCCAUCGAGGAUUCAGUGAAGGAUGCCGUGCCACUGAUCAGCAACGCCAUGCUGAUCGGAGACAAGAGAAAGUUUCUAUCCAUGUUGCUCACAAUUAAGAGCCAAGUGAACGCAGAGACGGGCGACCCCGAGGACGACCUGACACCCGAAGCCGUGGAGCUUUGCAGAAAGAUGGGCAGCAACGCCUCGCAUGUCUCGGAGAUCGCAGGAGGCCGAGACCGCGCCGUCCACGCCGCCAUCCAGGAGGGAAUCAACCGGGUGAACGAGAAGGCGACAUCCAACGCACAGCGCAUUCAGAAGUGGGUCGUUCUGGACCGGGACUUCUCCGUCGGCGGAGGAGAGUUGGGUCCAACGUUGAAGCUGAAACGGCCGGUGGUGCUGAAGAUGUACAAGGAGCAGAUAGAAAACUUUUACAAGGACCUGCCGACUCCGACGACCCCAGACAACCAGCUCCCUCCCAAGUAGAAGUUUCUGGACGUGUCAACCAUCUCCCUCGUGUCAUUUUGCUCCCGUUUAUUAAUGUUUGCCUCGUUUUUUUGUCUGUUUACAUUUGUGAGGAAGCCAUUUGUAAAAUAGCUUUAUGAGUUUUAAAAAAAUGCAACUAGCUGAAUUCAGCUAUUUAUUUUUACCUCUGAAACGAUAAUAUGAAGUAUCAGCAACAGGAAAAAGAAAAAUAACAUUUAUGCUUGAAGUAAAAAAGAAAAAACAGGAUCCAAACCAAAAGAAAAAAGAAGCUGAAGAAUAAUUUAGGAUUUAUUUAUUUAUUUUUUGGUUUGCCAAAGUUUUAUGUUUUUUCCACCAAAAAAAAGAAGAAACAUUUCAGAUGAACUGUUUUGCGGCGUUUGCAAACGUCGGGUGUUUCUCACGUCUUGUUUUUUAGUUCGGAUAAAAACGAACUUAGCUGUCAUUUUGUACAUGUGUUCAAAGAAAAGUCGACGCAUUCUACAUCUGAACGUUAAAGCUAUCUCAAAAUACAAAACAUGAAGCCAUAUCUAUUGCUUUUGUAUCUUUAAAAGUCUUCGUGUGUGUUCUGAUCAUCUGUGCAGACUCAUUUAAUGUUGUAAUUUUGUGGAAUACUGUAAAUAUGUUUUGCUUUCAUAAUUAUUUACUUGGCUUUAUUUUAUUUUCCAGCCAUUCUGGCAACACUCAAAUGUCACACAUCCUUUAUUUUUUUGUACCUGGGAGUGGACGCCGAGUGAAUGAAAUGUACAUGAGGUUUGAUCGAUUCUUAGUUUGGAACAUAUCAGACGCAUAUACCUUGUGGUUUUGUUGCCAAAAUGUAUACAUAAUGGGAAUGUUCAAGGUUUCGUAACGGACUGUCUUCAGCCGCCUUGACUGCAUUUCUGCGUAAGCAGGAUGUAAACUCCUAAAAUAAGUUAUUAUUGCACUCUGAACAGCUCAUCUUGUACAUGCAGUUGUAUUAUAAGUAAGUGUAGCACUCUGACAGAGUCGCAGUACAAGUUAAGCUUGCUGGUUAUUGUUCUCUUGAAGUAGCUGAAGUUUAGGGUAAACAAGACCAAUUUAUUUACGCAGUUAAAGGAAAUGACGGUGAUUCAGACUAUCUGGGUGGAUGAGUUUCUUCGGUUCCUGCAGCUUCCUUCCAGCUGGUAGAAUCAAUUAAAUGGACUUUGAGGGACAUGUUCAAGUUUGAUAUGUGGUAUUGAUUGGUGGUUAAGUUACUGCACCUUUUAUUCUACAAACCGUGGUGUUGAUAAAGUUUGCAGAAAAAUACUUUUGUAAGUUCUCACGCGAACCCAAAGUGAAAACUGGAUUUACCUGAACCUGAAGAGCUGUUGAAUGAAGUCAGGGUUUACAGAUGGAGACGGGUCCUACAAAUAAAAGUGAAGAACACCUGUUUAUGAUGACAGAAAUGUGAACAUCUGAGUGACCAUAACUGGAAUAAAAGUUUAUUACAAUCA